AUGAGUGUCCCUUCAAGUUGCGAUGUCAUUGUUGCUGGCAGUGGCAAUGCCGGAUUCUCAGCGGCGAUUUCUGCAGCUCAGUCCGGUGCACGUCACGUCCUCCUAGUCGACAAAUGCCCUGAGGAAUGGGCUGGAGGCAACACCUACUUCACUGCUGGGGCUUAUCGUACCGCACACGACGGUCUCCUGGACCUUCUCCCCAUUGUCAACAACGUGUCACGCGAGCAGGCGGCUAAGAUCGAACUCGGCCCCUACACCGAACGGGAUUUCCAGCAGGACCUUGACAAGGUCUGUGUUGGACGAUCAGACCCAGAGCUCGCAAAGGCAUUGGUAUCCGAAUCCAACGACGCCGUCAAGUGGCUUGCGGAGAAUGGCAUCCGAUUUCAGCUGUCUUUCAAUAGGCAAGCGUACGAAGUCAAUGGGAAAAUCAAGUUCUGGGGAGGUUUAUCACUGAAGACCGAGGAUGGAGGCAAGGGUCUAAUUGCCGACCACCAAGCCGCUGCCAACCGACACGGCGUCCGGUGCCUGUGGUCCACUGCGCUUGUCGGAAUUGCCCCUCCAAAGCGUCAAGGAGGUGAUGUUCUUGUCACGGUCCGUCAGGGCGGCGUGGAUCAUAGAAUUUUCACCAAAGGAGUGAUCCUCGCAGCUGGAGGGUUCGAGUCGAACUCUCAGCUACGGAGUCAAUUCCUUGGCCCGGGCUGGGACAUGGCUAUGGUCCGUGGCACUCCUUACAAUACAGGGGAGUGUUUAGAGAUGGCUAUUAAGAGUCUGGGUGCGCAAGCAGUGGGUAACUGGUCCGGCUGCCAUGCGGUCGCUUGGGAUGCCAACGCAAAUCCGGAUGUCGGAGACAGGGUCGCUUCGAACGAAUACACCAAGUCGGGGUACCCUCUGGGCCUCAUGAUCAAUACAGAGGGCAAACGAUUUGUGGAUGAGGGUGUCGACCUUCGCAACUACACUUACGCCAAGUUUGGCCGGGCCAUUCUCCAUCAGCCUGAGCAAACUGCUUUCCAGGUCUGGGAUGCCCAGACGGCCAAAUGGUUGCGUUCGGAGGAAUACCGCGAGGAGCGUGUGGAGCGGAUCACUGCCAACACGAUUGAGCAACUUGCGGAGAAGUGUGCGGCUCGCGGGUUACAUGACAAGAAGACAUUCGUCAAUACGAUUCGAGAAUACAACGAGGCAGUCUACGCCUUCCAGAGUGAGAAUGGGCCCAGCGGACCGAGGUGGGACCCUACAGUCAGGGACGGCGUUUCGACGCAGUCUGCGUCCAAACAGCUUGCCCUACCCAAGUCCAACUGGGCUCUUCCCCUUGACCAAGGCCCUUACAUUGCGGUAAAAGUCACAUGCGGCAUCACUUUCACCUUCGGUGGCCUUAAGGUUAAUCCCAAGACGGCACAGCUCAUAGCGGCAUCUAGCGGUGCGCCCAUUCCUGGCGUUUACUGUGUAGGCGAAAUGCUCGGUGGCCUUUUCUACCAGAAUUACCCUGGCGGAAGUGGCUUGACAUCUGGGACCGUCUUCGGACGCCGAGCAGGGAAAGCCGCGGCUCGACGGGCGGCCAACCCUCAUUACGAAGACCCUCCCGCUGUUGCAAGCAGACUUUAA